AAUGGCUCAAAAAAAGAGCGCUUCGUUUAUGGAAAAACUGCAAAAAUUCACAAGACCAAGUCAAAGUUCCAAGAAAAAGCAACCUCAAACAGCACCUCCUAAGAGUAAAGAACCCGUUAAGGUCAUUAAUAGAAUUCUUCAAACGCCUGUCAGGAAGAAAGAAGAAGAAAGACCGAAGUUUGGUGUUGAAACGCCCAAAGUUCGGCCAAAUGAGAAAACUAACAUUUUUACGAUGCCUGCUUCUGCUGCCAAUACUCGUCAUCCUCCCCCUCCUCCCCCUCUGCACCCACCACCAUCAUUUCAAAGGUUAGAAACUCCAAAACAACACGAGAUAGAUGAGGAUGAGUUUAGAUUGAAAGCUUUAAUUGCCGAAAGUAUUUUACACGGAAAGCAUGAUGGUCUCUCAGAAGAACAAAUAAAGGAGUACCAAGAAGCGUUUGCUGUAUUCGAUAAGGACCAAGAUGGGAUAAUAACGAAAGAAGAAUUAGGUCACGUACUGUUUGCAAUAGGUCAGAGACCAACUAUGAAGCAAAUAGAACACGUACUGCAAAGGGUUAGUGGAGGUGCACCCGGUGUAACUUUUGAUCAAUUUGUAGCCCUAAUGAACCAAGGCUCAGAUGAUUAUGAUGGAGAGCUAAGGCAAGUUUUUAGUGUUUUCGAUUUAAAUUCGGAUGGAGUAUUAAGCACAGACGAGGUUUAUCACGUAAUGGCCCAAUUAAGUGAUAAAAUUAAAUAUGAAGAAGUUAAAGAAAUGGUUCAAGAAGCUGACAGUAACGGUGAUGGAUAUGUCGAUUUUAGCGAAUUCAAAACCAUACUUCAAGCUAAAUAA